GCCAUCCGCGGCUGUUUCUGUCUUGCGCCGCUCUUAUCAUGUUUGCGCGGACGGCCAUCAGGGCUGCGACGAAGCCAGUAGCUUUCAGAACAGUACGUACGGCAGUCACGAUAGCGCCAUCCGUGUCAGAAGUGCACGCCAUGAAUCCGCACGGCCUCGAUAUCUCGAAGGCGCAAGGCGUUGCAAAGAAUGGCCUGGUUUCUGCAAUCGGCAAUACCCCUCUUAUCCGACUGAACAAAAUAUCCGAGCAGACAGGAUGCGAAGUACUGGGCAAGGCAGAGUUCCAGAAUCCAGGCGGCUCUGUCAAAGACCGGGCAGCAUUGUUCGUGGUCAAGGACGCUGAAGAGAAGGGACUGCUCAAGCCCGGUGGCACAGUGGUGGAGGGUACGGCUGGAAACACUGGCAUUGGACUAGCACAUGUCUGCCGGUCGAAAGGAUACAAGCUAGUCAUCUACAUGCCAAACACACAAUCACAGGGCAAGAUUGACCUAUUGAGACUUCUCGGCGCCGAAGUCUACCCUGUGCCUGCAGUCGCAUUCGACAACCCCGAAAAUUACAAUCAUCAAGCGAAGAGACAUGCCGAACGACUGGACAAUGCCGUCUGGACGAACCAGUUUGAUAAUACCGCCAAUCGACAGGCGCACAUUGAGACUACUGGACCUGAGAUCUGGGCGCAGACGGACGGCAAGAUUGAUGCCUUCACUUGCGCCUCAGGGACUGCUGGUACAAUUGCAGGCUGCACCCGCUACCUCAAGACCGUUUCCGAAGGACGCGUGAAGUGCUACAUUGCUGAUCCUCCUGGAUCUGUCCUCUACACCUAUGUCUCUUCGGGCGGUAAGCUCGUCGACCGCACUGGCUCUUCCAUCACGGAAGGCAUUGGUCAAGGCCGUGUCACGGAUAACCUGAAGCCAGACAUCGACCUUCUGGAUGGAGCUCUGCAUAUUCCCGAUGAGAAGAGUAUUGAGAUGGUGUACCGAUGCUUGGACGAGGAAGGACUAUAUCUAGGCGCGUCAUCUGCAUUGAACGUGGCAGCAGCGAGAGAUCUCGCGGAGAAGCUCGGGCCUGGCAACACUGUCGUGACUAUCCUCUGUGAUGGCGCUUACAGAUAUGCCGACAGGCUGUUCAGCAAAAAGUGGUUAGAGACCAAGAAGCUUACUGACGCUGUUCCCGAGCAUUUGAGAAAAUACAUCGUAUUAGAGUAAGCAUGUAUGAAAUACAGCUCUUCUGCGUAUCUUGCAACCUGCACCUGUG